AUGCGUGGCCUCGACGAAAAUUCGGAUGCCCUCAUCCGCACCGGGCAAAAAGCCCAAGAACAAGUCCGACAUGCUUGGGAUGGGUUUGUGAACUUUGCGGCCCGAGACAACGUUUUAGAGGUUGCUUUGGGCUUGAUCAUUGCAAAUGCCUUCACCAAAGUAGUUACAUCUUUCGUAUCAGACUUGGUCCUGCCGAUCGUUUCACUCCUUCCAUUUCUUAAUAGAAACAUGGACCAAAAAUUUGCGGUACUUUCUAAGGGACCAAACUUCACUGAGGAGGGAUACAACACCCUUUACCAAGCACGAGAGGACGGUGCGUUGGUUUUGGCGUAUGGGGCCUUCAUUGAGACGGUUGUGAAUUUCCUGGGCGUGAGCCUCACUCUUUACGCGGCUGGCCAUUUGUAUAUGUUCUUCUUCCACACCAAGAUCAUUAAGCCGACAGUCCGAUGUCCAUAUUGCAAACAGUUUAUCAGCGAAAUGGCCCUUCGUUGCCGUCAUUGUUCGACUUGGCAGGACGGAAGAGAAGAUGGGACCAUGAGUCAUGAAAGCGGUCGUGAAGGUCUACAAGAUGAUGUACCAACCGAUAUCGGGGGGAGUUUUUAG